AUGUCACCUCGUAGCAUCGGGAGCGCCAUGUUAGCAAAUCCCACUCUUUUAGGAGGACAGAACUACGAUGAGGCAGUUGCAUUCAUCAAACUGAAAUUUGCCGAGCUUAAUCUCAAUCCCGACAAAAAGACGAUUUACAUGCACGAAACUUGUGCCACCGACACAAAUCAAGUGAGCUAUUUUCCAGAGCAUUUUUAG